AUGGCGGCGAGCGGCGUCCGCCGGGCGGCUGCUGCCGCCAGCACCUCGGUGAAGCCCAUUUUCAGUCGGGACAUGAAGGAGGCCAAGCGGAGGGUGCGCGAGCUCUACCGCGCCUGGUAUCGGGAGGUGCCGACCACUGUGAACUUAUUCCAGUUGGACAUCUCUGUGAAACAGGGACGGGAUAAAGUCCGAGAAAUGUUUAUGAAGAAUGCCCACGUCACAGACCCCAGAGUGGUGGAUCUUCUGGUCAUUAAGGGAAAGAUGGAACUGGAGGAAACUAUCAAAGUGUGGAAGCAGCGGACACACGUGAUGCGGUUCUUCCAUGAAACAGAAGCUCCAAGGCCAAAGGAUUUCCUGUCCAAGUUCUAUGUUGGCCACGACCCAUGA